UGCUUUCCUCUUCCCAGAUUCAGAACCAGAACUAUAUAAACUAUAUUAUUGCCAUCAUAAGGAGUGAAGCCCUCUGUCAAGAAACCCUCCUAAAGGACAAGCAGAACUGUACAGCCCAGAUCCGGGCCCUUGAAGAGAAGGCCAAGUUGGCACAGUUACAGCAGGAAUCCCUGAAGAUAGCCUGCAACAAGGACAAGGAGGCCUUGCUAGCAGAGAAGGUGAAAAUUGAGGCUGAGAAUAAAAAAUGCAAUAUGGAAAAGUUAAGUCUCUUUGGUGAACACCAGCUGGUAGUCAAUGAACUCCAGCAAGUCCGAGACUUGUGUGCUAGACUAGACAAGGACCAGCUCUCUGCCAAGGUGGAGCAGAUAUGGAGGGAAUCCCUGCUCUACAGGAACUUGGACAGCAUACCCUUCUACUACUCCCCUGAGGUUGAGAAGGUCAUGCGUCACUGCCGGGAGCUGCCCAGGAUUGUGUUGGACAGGAUCGAGAGCCUCGCCAGGGAACUGAAGGCAGGCAUCGAUCAGGUAACCCGGGAGAACGCUGAGCUGCAGCGUCAGAAGGAGGCCAAUGCAAAGAGCUUGGUAACCUGUAAGGAGGAGAAGGAGAAGGCCACCAAAGAAACCCAGGAAAGGCUGCAGAAACUCCAAGAAGAUUGUGUCAAACAAGGCCGGCUAGCCUUGGAAGAGAAGGCUGCCUUGCAGAGAGAGAAAGAGGCCUUGAUCAAGGAAAUUGAGCAGAAGAAGGGAGAGCUGAUCCUGGUCAAGGGGCAACUGGACAUCAACAAGGCCACCCUGGAUACCUGCAUCAAGACCAAGGCCCAAGGUUUACCAACCAUACAGCGACCCCCCGGACCUGCUGUUAGCCCGACUCGUAUUGACCCUGCUGGCCUAGAAGAAUUCAAGAAGAAGGUGCUGGAGCUUUAUCAGAAGGCUAAUGUGCCUCCUGGAAACCCAGCCAGGUGAGCUCUUGGUCACGGGUAGGCUCUGCUCACAAUAGCAUGUGUA